AUGAAAACCUUGAGUACCCUUUUCACAGCAACCAUUGUAUCAUCUUCCGACUCUUUCAAUGUAAUAAUAAUGACAUCCUUUCAAAUGAUGAUAUCGUGUAUCAUAGGAGAUAUAGUGGCCUAUGCAGCAUUUGUAAUAUUUUUCGACCACACAUGGAUUACCAUCUUUGUGUAUCUACUAUUUAUAUUUUUAACGACCGGGUUUUUAUUAUCUUCAAAGUUUUUACCAUGGAGCAUUAGCAAAAGAAUGUAUUUCGAGUAUUUUUUAUUAAUUUAUGUAAUCAAGCCAACUAGCAGAAGCCCCAUAAUAUUCUUAAAGUCUGGUUUAGCUUCAAUUUUAACUACAAUGUUUGUAUUUAUUGGUUGCUUCAUUAUGAAUCCGUUCUUUUCCUCUGAGCUAUUUCUUAGAACUACUGUCAAGAUUAUCCAUAGGUCCCAUCAAUGCACAAAAACUUUAGGUAGACAAUUGGAGAUUAAAACAAUGACCGAAAUAAGAUCUCCAUUACAAAAAAGAUCUCAUAAGAAGAUUAUCAACGACAUUCAUUCCAGAUUAUCGAAAUCAGCUACAAAUAUACCGACAUUUUUUAGAGAUGAACAAACAGCUCAACAAGUAUCAGAUAAAAAUAGUGACACUAACUCUGUCGAUGACGGAGACCAAGAGCUGCCGAUCAAGACCAAGAAAAAGGUUAAAAAGUAUUUUAGUUGCUUUAGAAGUUUAAGAUCAUCAUUUAGAAGAAAGUACAACAACAUCACCACAAAAAGCAAUAGAAAUAACUAUGAUUUAAAUUUAAACAUAUCACAUAUUACACCAUCAACACUAAGAAAGAAAAAAGAUAUUAUAGAGAAUAAUUCAUAUGAAAUCAUCAAUAACUAUAAGGAGAUGCUAAUCAAAUAUAAUAUCAAAUACUCUUUGAAUUUAAAUAUGCUGGCAAGGUAUUUAAGGGAGUGCAGGUUCGAGUUUUGGAACAAGGAUUUAAUUAGCCAUUUUAAAGAGAUCUCAAUCUAUUUGGAAAAGAACCAUAAUAUAAUCAACUCUAUGCAGGUUUCUAUCGAAAAAGAUCUUUCAAAUGAGAGAUGCAAGUUUUUACUACCUUUGAUACCCUAUAUAAAUACAAUUAUUCACCAGACCAACAAUGUUUCAGUUAUAAUGGAGAAUCAGAUCAUGGGUAAUUAUAGAGUCCAUAAAACUAGGAAUAAAAUCAAAUCAAUUUUUAAAAGACUUUUAAAUAUCAAGAAUAGCAGCAAUGGAAAUAUAUUGGAUGAUAAUGACAGCAAUGGUGACGAAGAGAACCAAAUCAAUGAAAGAGAGGUUUAUAAAAAGACAUUAGAGUACAGCCAGAUUAGAGUUAUCAAAUAUUUUGAAAGAGUUGAUGAUCUUAUUGAAGAGUUAACCAACGAGUACCAAAGAAUUGAAAUUUCAAAAGAUUUACUGGAGUUUGACGAAGAAUCACAAUGCGAGCUUUCAAGAAUUCAUUUUUUUCUAAAUUUAUUAUGCUCAUAUACAGUAUCACAAAAAAGACUUUCAGAGCUUAUUUAUUCAUGCUCAAAGAGUUUAUAUAGACAACAUAAACUGUACCAUUUCGAAAUGUUUAUUUUAAUUUGCUACUGGUUUUUAAAUUUGCCCAAAUACACAUGGAUUCAGACAAAGGUUUUUUAUAGGAAACUAAGAGAUGGUACCUUCUUUCAAAAAAAGCCAUUGGGUUUACUAGAGCCACAGUUCACAUUCAAAGAGAAAUUUGUACUUUUUAUAAAGAGUGUUCUAAAAAGAAUUUUAUUUAAAUGGAGAUUUUCAAUCAAGUUUUCGAUUUUUAUUUCAAUAUUAUCUAUUGGUUACUAUGAAAUUACAAAGAACUCUAACUUUAUAUUAUUUAGAAAUUCAUCUUGGUAUGUCAUCUCAUUUCUUUAUGUUUCAGCUCCAACUAUCGGUGCAUCUGGUUUCUUUUGCUGUAUGCGUUUCUUUGGUACUUUGUUGGGUGUUUUUUCCGCAUUUACUGUUGGUGUAUUCUUUGCACUAGCCAAUCAUGAUGGUACAAAGGCAUUAUGUUAUGUUGCAUUAACGUUUUUCCUAAUCUUUGUAAUUCAUUUCUUUGUCAGGGGUAAACCCAUUCAAUCAUUUGGCAAUUUCUUUAUACUUUCAUAUGCAACUAUCACAUUCCCAGAAUAUACAGAAGAUCAUGCUUUAAUUAUUAUUACCCUUUUAAGAUGGUUUCAUAUUUCGCUAGCAGUAUUUACAAUUAUGGCAGUUUCAUAUAUUUUACCGUAUUAUGACCAUAAAGAAUUAGAAUUGAACCUUCUUGAAAUAGCAGCAAAAGAACUUAAAGCAUUUAAAAAAAUAGUAAACUAUCAUUUCGACUUAAAUAUUACCGAAGUAGAAAAUCAAAUUGGCCAAAAUAAUACCAAUAUCAUCAAUAGCAUGAGCCACAAUAGUUUAAUUCAUUGUCCACAUCAAACAUCAAUACCAGAGGAUAUUUCAACCUGUUCAUCAUUUUAUUCAGCAGAUUAUUUUAUUAAGAAAUUAUCUAUAGAUCGUGGAACUUUUAAAGAUAUAUUAUAUCCAAUUUUUCAUAAUAUCAGAUCAAAUAUUUCACAACAAAGAUCUUUGAUUUUCAAUUCUAGAUUUGAACUACUGUUUCAUAAAAAGAAGUAUAACCAUUUAAAGGAUUUACUAGCGUCAAUAUCAACACAAUACAUGGUUUUGGUUGGUUUAGAGUUUAUUAUUUUAGAUAAUAGUUUUAAUAAUAAUAGUUAUGAUUCAUACUUUGUGGAUCAAGUAAGAUUAAGAAUUAUACCAAAAUUAAAAUAUAUAGUUUCAGAAUUAGAUUAUUGCGCAGAAUCAAUAUUAGAGAUAAAGAAAUUAAAAAAGGAUAAUUGUAAAAAUAGGCCGGUAGUAUUUCCAAUUAAUCUUAAAUUUUUGAUAGAUGAAGUGUACAAUGACUAUCAUUCUUUGGUAUAUUGUAAUAGCUGUGAUGUAGAGCACUCUUUUAGCAUUCACCAGUUGGGUUGUCUUUUAUAUACUUUCGAUUUAUUUGUCACCAAUCAUCAUUUAAUCUGUCAUCAUAUUUGGAGCUUAAGCAAAGCUAUCAAAGUAGAAAGAUCAGAUAUAGAAACGAAUUACAAUCCUUUGAAAUUGGUUUUGGAAACUUUAAAGUCAAACUAUAGCGAUUUCGUCAGUGAUAAUAAUAGUUUUCUUUUUAACCCAACUUUAGAUAGCUAUAGCAAUUUUGAAAAAAAAUCAAAAAAAAGUAGUAGCAAUAACUCAAGUAAUAGCAGUAGUAGUAGCAGUAGUAGUAGCAGUGGCAGUAGUAGUAGUAGUGAUUCAGAAUAUUCAAGUGAUGAUGAAGAUAUUGACAUGUUUAUUCCAUUUACCAGAGACCUUAAAACUCAUGAUGAAUAUCCUCGAACAAACAAUCGUUUUAAUAAACAAAUUUAAAUAAAAUAAUCAUCUAACAACAGUAAUAUUUUUUACAUCCCUCUGUGCAAUUAUCCAAAUACCACUCUUUAGUCACAUGUGGUUUAUAAAUAAAUAAAUACAUAUAUUAUUUAUAGAACGUCAAUGU